AUGACUAUUCUCUUCUCCAAAAUGACCACUGGAAACUCGCCACAAACCAACGGAACUGCUCUUGGAGUCCGAAUAAUCGGUGGUUCCUUCCUCUGUCUUUCCAUCAUUUCCAGUGUGAUUGCAUGUGCUCUUUGGAAUACAGAGAACCAUACAUUGGGCAAUAACAUCUUCUAUUACGUUGGAUUAUUUGCCACUCAAAUGUUAAACAUUCUCAUCGUAUACCUGAUGAAUAGAGGAAUCACCUUGCAAAAAGCUCACUAUCUUCAACCAUUCAUCAUUUGCGCACUUCUCCAUCUGAUAAUAUGCAUCCUUCUCUCGGCCAUCUUCUUCCUCUACGUCGUCACCCGUGCCACGUUCUAUUCCGUCUGGUCGGAUCUCGGCUUCUUCUUCGUUUUUGUCAUCUUGACUGGCUUCUGGAUCAUUGCAAUUUCGCUGGCACGCGAGUACCGAGACUACAUCAUCUACGACGAUUUCCUUCACGAGACAUUGCCAAGCUUCGUCUGA